CCACAGAUCACCGUCUCCAAAUUCCAGCAGCACGACGGCACGGCACACGAUGGCGGCCGCAGACUCAAACCAGAGAUUGGCUCUCAUCAAGGAGAACCUCGCCGAGGUUCUGAACGAGGAGAUCAUCCAGAAGAUCCUCGAUGAGGGGAAACACCCCAAGAUUUACUGGGGCACCGCGACGACGGGCCGGCCGCACUGCGGCUACUUCGUCCCCGCCAUCAAGAUUGCCCAAUUCCUGGCCGCCGGCUGCGACGUGACCAUCCUCCUCGCCGACAUCCACGGCUUCCUCGACAACCUCAAGGCGCCCCUCGAGCUGGUCAUGCACCGCGCCGAGUUCUACCGCCACAUCAUCACCGCGAUGCUCCAGGCCGUCGGCGUGUCGACCGAGAAGCUGCGCGUCGUGCUCGGCAGCUCGUACCAGAAGAGCCCCGAGUACGUCAUGGACGUCUACAAGAUGGCCUCGCUCAUCUCGGAGCACGACGCCAAGAAGGCUGGCGCCGAGGUCGUCAAGCAGACCGACAACGCGCCCCUGAGCGGGCUUCUGUACCCGAUCCUGCAGGUGCUGGACGAGCAGUACCUGGACUGCGACGCGCAGUUUGGAGGCAUGGACCAGCGGAAGCUGUUCACGGCCGCCAAGGAGUGGCUGCCGAAGCUUGGCUACAGGGAGCGCGCGCACUUGCUCAACCCCAUGGUCCCCGGUCUGCACGGCGGCAAGAUGAGCUCAAGCGACCCCGACAGCAAGAUCGACCUGCUCGACCCGCCCGAGACGGUCGCCAAGAAGAUCAAGAAGGCGGUUGCCGCCCCGCAGGUGGUCGAGGAGAACGGCCUGCUGGCGUUCAUUGAAUUCGUGCUUCUCCCGGCCGCACGGCUACGCGGCUCCGGGGAGUUCCGCGUUGACCGUGAGCGGGACGGGCUAGAACCGCUGGUUUACACCGACAUUGAAAAGAUCCGCGAAGAUUACAAGAGCGAUGUGUUGACACCGCAACUGCUUAAACCCGCCGUUGCGCGGGACUUGAACGCGCUGCUGGCGCCCAUCCAAGAAGCCUUCCAAGCUAACAAGGAGUGGCAAGAGAUCGCCGAGAAGGCCUACCCGCCGCCGCCCAAGAAGGAGAAGAAGGUCAAGAACAAGGGCACCCGCUACCCUGGUGCAAGCAAAGAGCAGGCCGAUGGGGCGGACAAGGAGCUCCCUAUCCGGCCGAAUGGGGAGACUCCCAACUGAACUGCAUUGGAUGUUAUUGAUACCCAGAGAGAGGAUGGUGAAGUCCAAGGGACAGUAGCCAGCGCGAAUGGCCGCUGCUUGGCGGCGCAUGCUACGGGGCCGGGCAUGUCGACAGCUAACGCAACCCGUUCGGCAUCAGGUGUUGACGAAUGUCUGGCCUGCGACUGAUCUGUUGUCCUUGUAUUGGCCCGGGGGAGGUACAGGUGGGAGCCGUGUAUAUGCCUCAAGAUGGGGUCACGAGAUCUCUGCUGCCGGGGCGGGUACGGGUGCUUGGUACAAAAGGAGGGUCCGGGAGCUAUUCAGGGAACGUCGAUCUGCCAGUAUACGGAUUACACUAGACCAUAUGCUCGAAAUAGAGUUGCGUCUUGAGCAUG